CAACGGACAUUUAAUUCAAACAAGCAAUUGCAUUCAUACUCAAGCCUUCAAAAAUGUCGGAAACUCCUCAACCUUUAUCACCAACUGCUGAUGCUGAAACUCCAUUAACAGGCUCACCAGCUCCAACUUCUGAAAACCCAAAAAAGAAAAACUCACAAGCUGGUAAGAAGGUCAGUGCAGAGAUCUUGGAAAGAAGAAGAGUUGGUAGAUUAAAAGCUGCUGAAACAAUGGCUAGAAAGAUUAAAAAAUCUGGUAUUGAAAAAAGAGAAAAUGCUUUAAAAUUUUCAACUUUUGAAAGUGGGAAUUUAAUUAACCAAAAGAAUUAUUUCACUGAUUAUUUGAAAAAAGAUGAUCAAAUUUUCAUAUUACGUGAAAGGAAACAAAUAAGAUUGAAUAAAGUUCAAAUGAAGCAAGGUAAAUCAGUUAAAGAUCAAGACACUCCGAUCCCUGGUAAUGCUGAUGAAGAUGAUGAAAUGGAUGAUGAUGAAGCCGAGGAAAUUGAUGAAAGAGUCGGAUCUAAAACAAUCGUGAUACAUCCUGGUUCAAGAAAUAUAAGAAUUGGGUUAGGUUCAGAUGUUUAUCCUCAAACUUUCCCAUUUGUGUUAGCUAUUCCAAAAGAUGAUGAAUUUAACAAGCAAAAUAAUUAUGAAUUAGAUGAAGAACAACAAUCAAUAAUAGAGGAUAAUAGAAAACUAUUACAAAGAGAUUUCAAAGAAAGAAUGAGAUAUUAUAAAAGAAGAAUAUUACCAAAUUCAAAUGAAAUUGUUACAAAUUUUAAUAAAAAAGUUACACCAGAGACAAUACCUGAACAUAAUGACAUUCAUAAAACUGAGUAUUUCAAACCAACUGCAAAUGAUAGAUGUUUUAUAGCUGAUGAAGCACUAAGACUUGAUUCUACAGAUUUCAAGUUAAGAUACCCAUUAUUAACAAAUGGAAGAUUUAAUGAAGAUGAAUAUAGAUCCUUUGCAGAAACUCUUGGUGAUAUUCAAUUAUUCAUUAGUAAAACAUUGGAAAAAAAAUUUCAAGUUACAAAACUGAAACAGUAUAAAGCUGUUUUGGUGAUACCUGAUCUUUAUGAUAAAGUUUAUGUGGAAAACUUUAUUGAAUUAUUACUUCAAAUGAGUUUCCAAGGUGUUGCUGUUAUACAAGAAAGUUUAGCAUCUACUUAUGGUGCAGGUGUUAGUUCAGCUUGUGUCAUUGAUAUUGGAGCUAAAACUACUAAAGUUUCAUGUAUUGAUGAAGGUAUGAUUAUUCCAAAUAGUCGUGCCAAUUUAAGUUAUGGUGGUGAUGAUAUAACAAGAUUAUUUUAUAAAUUAUUGAAAGAAUCAAAUUUCCCAAUUGAUUAUGAUGUUAAUAAUGAUUUUGAUUGGCCUGCUUUAAAUCAAUUGAAGGAGAAAUUUAUUACAUUUCAAGAUGCAAAUGUUACUGUUCAAUUAUACAAUUUUAUAAAAAGAUAUCCUUCAAAAUUAUCAGAAAAAUAUGAAUUCAAAGUUUUUGAUGAAGUUAUGCUUGCGCCAAUGGGAUUGUUUUUCCCAAAAGUUUUCGAAAAAGUUAAAGAUUUUGAAUCAACUCCAUUCACUAAUAGAAAAUCAUUAGAUGUUUAUAAUGGACAAUCAAAUAAUCCAACUUCAACAACUCAAAAAAAUUGUUUCGAAAAUAAUUCAUAUGCAGAUAAAAUUGAUUUUGAGGUUUUAAAGGACUUGUUAAAUCCUGAUACGUUAGAAGAUGCUAAAGAAGAUGAAGUGCCAACCAUUGCAGCAUUAGACAAAGUUAUUAUUCAAAGUAUUGCAAAUGCUUCAAGAUAUGAUUUUUCAAAAGCUAAAACUUUCUAUGAAAAUUUAUUAAUUGUUGGUGGUGGUGCCAAGAUUGAAGCUUUAGAUUUCAUAUUAACAGAUCGUAUAAAUAUUUGGAGACCAAAAAUUUUAGCAUUAUUGAACUUGCCAGAUUUUUUGAAAAAAAUUGAAACAUUAAGUACAAAUUUUGAAAAAGAACAUGAAUUUUCAAAAAUUCAAUCUGAAGAAGAAAUUCAAACUUUACAAAUUGAAUUAUUUAAAAUUAUUGAAACUGAAUUGAAUGAAUUUUUGGAAAGUGUUAAUAAUCCAUUAAACCCAGUUGAGGUCUUGCCAGCACCAAGAGAUAUUGAUCCAUCAAUUUUAACAUGGAAAGGUGCUUCUGUUUUCUCAAGAUUAAAGUUGAUUGAAGAAUUAUGGAUAACUGAAGCUGACUGGGAUUUAUUAAGUAGCAGAACUUUGCAAUAUAAAGCUUUGUUCAACUACUAGUGGACCUGGAAACUGAU